GUGUCUGUAACGGGACCACACUAGGUGUCAUGACAUAGCGAUCAAGAGCCCCCCACAGGGGACACGGAGUUCACAAUUGAGACUAUUUUUAACUCUGCAAGACAUUUCCCCCCUGAACACCACUGUCUUGUUUAUACUCGCGUUGUGCAUGGAAAAAGAGACAGCCACAGCACAGAAUUUCAAGGGGACGAGCUUUACUAGUUUCACCGAUUAUAUGGAACACGAGGCCAUGCAUGCUCGUGUUUACAAGGCUCAACUGCGCUUUUAAACAACCGUUAGUUCUUAAAACAUGGAUAUUUUCAAGCAAAAGAAGGUUGAAGAUUUUUAUGAAAUCGGGGAAGAGUUGGGAAGUGGACAGUUUGCCAUCGUAAAGCAAUGCAGAGAGAAAAAUACAGGACAGGAAUUUGCAGCCAAGUUCAUCAAAAAGCGUCAAAGUAUUGCCAGCUCGCGGGGAGUUCGGCUGGAGGAGAUCCAACGCGAGGUAGCAAUUCUUCAGCAGAUUCAGCACCAAAAUAUUGUCACUCUACACGAUGUCUACGAGAAUCGUACUGAUGUCGUUCUCAUUCUGGAGUUGGUCUCUGGCGGUGAGCUGUUUGACUUCUUGGCCCAGAAGGAGUCUCUAAGCGAGGACGAGGCAACCCAGUUCAUCAAGCAAAUCCUCGAGGGGGUGAACUACCUCCACUCCAGAAAAAUAGCCCACUUUGAUCUCAAGCCUGAAAACAUAAUGCUGCUAGAUAAGAAUGUGCCAUUGCCAAGGAUUAAACUCAUUGAUUUUGGUCUUGCUCACAAAAUUGAAGCUGGAGUGGAAUUCAAAAAUAUCUUUGGAACACCCGAGUUUGUUGCACCUGAGAUUGUCAACUAUGAGCCGUUGGGUUUGGAAGCAGACAUGUGGAGCAUUGGAGUCAUAACCUACAUCCUAUUAAGUGGCGCUUCUCCUUUCCUUGGGGAGACAAAACAGGACACACUGAAAAACAUUUCAGCCAUAAACUAUGAGUUUGAUGAGGAGUUCUUCUGCAACACCAGUGAACUGGCCAAAAAUUUCAUCAGUCACUUGCUGGAGCGGGACAAAAAGAAAAGACUGACAAUUCAAAAUGCACUUAAUCACCCAUGGAUCAAGUCAAAUGAGCGCAAGGAGGAAAAUAAAGGCCAAGAGAUGCAGAAACGAGAGAGACGCCAGCUCAAGACCAAGCGUCUGAAAGAGUACACUAUUAAGUCCCACUCAAGCAUGCCACCUAACAACACUUAUGUAAACUUUGAGCGCUUUGCUCAGGUGGUGGAGGACAUUGAUCAAAUGGAACGGUCGUUCAUGAGCUUGGCAGCAUCCCAUGAUUCUCUGCAAGAAGAUAUUGAUGCCAUGGUCUCUAUAUACAAUGAGAAAGAGGCCUGGUACAAGGAAGAAAGUGAAGAAGUGCGCCACGAGCUCUCGCAAAUCCGCUACGAGUUCCGUAAGGUGGAGUCCUUGAAGAGAAGUCUGCAGGAUGAAAUGCAGUCUUUUAGCUCCAGCCUCAGUGGCAUCAGCAGCCGAUACCAGGAGAGACAGAACCACUUUGAUGCUCUCAACAAGGAGCUCAGCAAUGAGCUGACGUGGUUGCAGGAGGUGAUUGGUUCAUAUCCUACCGAUGGGUGUGGUGGUUGCCCCAAUGGUGACUUCACCACUGUCUUCAGCAAUGAGGUCAAUGAAGCCCUGAAAGAUUUGCUGAACCGGCCCUGUGGAGGAGAGUUACUCUCUGGGAUCAAUCUGGAUAUAACCAAAACUGGACAACAAAGAUAAAUGAGUGUUCUUUCGAGUUAAAAUGUUUCUGUAUGUGCGUACAAUAAAUGUUUGAUGGUAUGCUGGUACACUGGAUAUGAUUGCUUCCCUCCAGAAGAACUCUCAUACACUUUCCAAAUACUGUAAGAAAAUAAAUGCCUUGAAACCGAG